UCUUUUCAACUUUCAUGGCACUUCAUCUUCAAUGUACCUUCCGAAGGAAGUUUUUAACUUUUCAGGAAGAAUGAAUGAUUUCAUGAUCUGGGUGUCCAUGAAACGAGUCUAAAUUUGAAGAUUUGGUAUUUUGGAAUCCGAUUGUAACAUUUGCAAGAUUCAGAUUUUUUUUCUGAAAAAUUAAAAAAGAAAAAUGGGUGUGGAUUACUACAAUAUAUUGAAGGUUGACAGAAAUGCUACGGAGGAUGAUUUGAAGAAAGCAUAUAGAAAGUUGGCCAUGAAAUGGCAUCCUGACAAGAACCCCACCAACAAAAAAGAAGCUGAAGCCAAGUUCAAGCAGAUCUCUGAGGCCUAUGAGAAAAUAUUGUCAAUUCAGGUAUUGAGCGAUCCUCAGAAAAAGGUGAUUUAUGAUCAGGAUGGAGAGGAAGGGUUGAAAGAUAGGCCACCACCUGGUAAUGAACCAUCAAGUGGGUUUAAUCCCAGAAAUGCAGAGGACAUUUUUGCAGAAUUCUUUGCAAGUAGCCCUUUUGGAUUUGGAUUAUCUGGACCAGGGAAGUCCAAGAGAUUCCAAUCUGAUGGAGGGGGAACAUUUGGUGGAUUUAGUGGAAGUGACAAUAAUUUUAGAACAUACAGUGAAAGGGGGAACAUGCCAAAGAAGCCAACACCUGUGGAAAGCAAAUUGCCUUGCAGUUUGGAAGAGUUAUACUCUGGAUCUACAAGGAAAAUGAAGAUCUCAAGAACUGUGAUGGAUGCCAAUGGACGGCCAAUUCCAGAAACAGAGAUAUUAACCAUUGAUAUAAAGCCCGGAUGGAAGAAAGGGACAAAGAUUACUUUCCCAGAUAAAGGGAAUCAGCAACCAAAUCAACUGCCAGCAGACCUUGUAUUUGUGAUUGAUGAGAAGCCUCAUGAUUUCUUCAAGAGAGAUGGCAACGACCUCAUUAUGAACCAAAGGGUGUCACUAGCUGAAGCUAUUGGAGGAACUUCAAUAAAUCUCACAACACUUGAUAGACGUAGUUUAUGUAUCUCAGUGACUGACAUUGUGAGCCCUGGUUAUGAGUUUGUUGUUGCAAAUGAAGGAAUGCCAAAAACAAAGGAACCUGGUCAUAGGGGGGAUUUGAGGAUCAAAUUUGAGGUUAAGUUCCCUACAAAACUGACCACAGAGCAACGAGCAGGACUCAAGCGAGCAUUGGGAGGUUGAGGAUCAUAUUUCUUCGUGUUCAUAGC